GUAGUUAUUGGAUGAACCAAUGACUUGUGGUGCCAAAAUGAGACAUCAUGGGUAUUGUCUUGCUCUAAUCUUAGCUGUCCUGGGAUCAGGUUUCUUCACCGUUGGGUCAGCCCAGUGUAUUACAUUGUGCGAUGGGGGAAAUAGCACCCAUGGAAACUCCACCGGUGGAAUGUGUAACAGGACUGAGGGUUCGUGUGCUCCCUUUUCAAAUGCUACAUUUGACAGCUUCCUAAGCUGUGCUGGGCUGAGGAGGAUUAACAACACYCAGGAGCACAUUAACAGGCUCAAAGAAGUUAUGGACAUGGCCUUUCAAUUCUACUCAGACUCCUCCAUGAGUUUGAGCAGGGAUCUGCAGCCCAUCUUGGAGCUGAUCAAGGGGCUCAGCAUCAAUGCCUCAAAGCCCAUGUUCCACGACGUCAACUUCACCAGAGUGUGGUUCAAGCUCAAGCUCAGGCCACGCCUGGCCUCUGUCACCGAAAGCCUCCUCGCCUGCCUCAGCACCAGCGACCUCACCUGCCAGACCUACCAGGCUCUUGUGAAUGAAUUGGAUAUGAAUAUCCUGAGUAUGGACCCUCAACGCCAACGGAUAGUCUACACGUCCUUCAUGCGCAGGUUUCUAGAGAGAAAUGAUACAGCAGGAUGCCUCGUCCAUGGGAACAGCAGUGAGCAGUGGCUGAUGCGGAACUUUGGAUCCUUCUCUACCUUGGUUGACUAUGAAGACUUCUUUGCACUGAACAUUMAUUUCAGUGGUCUAUCAGUCCUGGCACUGCUGAGCCCGGAACAGAAGGCUGAGUUGGUUCUUCACCCCGGAAAUGGAGACCUGGACAAUGGCACCAUCAGCCUGGUCUUCCAGAGUCUGCUUGGGCCUCUAAUAAACAAUGCUCACCUGAAUCAGUCAAUGUACAAUGCAACAAUGAUGUCCAACAUGACUGCUGGCAAUGCCACAGGACCACAUGAACUUGAUAGAACUCUAAACGACUUCCUGUCAUUCCUGAGGCCCUUGGGUAGUUUCAUCAAGACUUUGGUGGGCAGCAUUCAAGCGAGGAAUGUGAGCUCUGAGAGACAGCAUGUUCUGGCCCAGGCAGUAGUGAACUGGAUCCUGGCAGAGCUGGCUGGACACAUCUCCCCCAACUUCACACUGACAAAUGAGACCAUCCCCAACCAGACUCCCUCUCUCAGCAACUUCAACAUCACCAGCCUUAAGGGCUGGUUCCAGCAUGUGGUCCUCCCUGCCCUGAACCGCUUCCAGCUCAACAACCAGACUCAGAUCCCACACGACCUUACUGCUGUCUUCAACCAAGUCUUCUCAUUAAAUCCUCCAAUGGGUUCUAACUCUUCCAUGAAUUCAAUGGUUGGUCCCAUGGAUGUCUGUCASAUUGGCAACAAUGAUGAUAUGUGCUCGGUAUCCCAUGCAGCAGAAAACCUGGCUGUGGUCCUGAGAUGUGUGCCCCAUUCUAACCUGAGCCUCACUGGAGAAAAUCUGAAACUAUUGGUCACAGAGCUAUCCAAGAUACUGACCGGACCACACACAAUGAUGAAUGGCAGUUUGGGUUGGCCCAACCUCACAGACUUGUUUGGCCAGCUUCCGACAGAUGGCUUCAGUGCUGAGARCCUUGGUGAUGAGAACUUCAUCCGCUUCUGGUUCCUGAUCAGACUGCAGCCCCUCCUACCUUCAGUGUCAGAGGAGUACCUAUCCUGCCUCAGCACUAGAAACUUCAGCUGUCGAGCCUACCAAGCCCUUGUCAUGGGGCUGAGUGAUCACAUCUCAUCAAUGGAUGAGAUGAGACAGAAACKGGUCUACACACGCUUCAUUCACCCAUUCCUCUCACAACACAGAUAUUCAGAUAUGAUGGGAUGUCCUUCAAAUGGGAGUUUGGAUUCAAUUAAGAGACAUUUUGGGCGAUUUUCAAUUUUCGCACCGCUACAGCACUUCUUUGAUUUGCAAAGAAACUUUUCUGCACUGGAGGCCCUGCCAGCUCUCUCUCCAAAGCAGAUAGCAGAACUGCUGCUGAUGCCCCACACUCCACCUCCACAGAGAGAUGACAUCAUCAACAGAGUCUUUGACCACCUCCACAACGACACCAGACUCCGAGACUUUCUCCGUGAGCUGCAGAUGCUAAUAAGAGGGGCUAACCUUGAGUGUGAGUCUUUCACAAGCAUAUUCAACAGGCUGGACAGGGCUGCUACAUCUGCCCCAUCUGAUUUGGGACAAGUCAUCAGAGACACACAGGACUCCGUGCUGGAUGCUGCUCCUCCGGGUUGCAACGUCGUUCCCUUUAAGUUUGGGUGCUCUAUGACCCCCCCAGUCAAUGAGAGCCACAUCUGUGCUGGAGUGAAUACAACUAAUCUGGAACACUGCAUUGCUGGCACGAAUAUGACCCAUAUGCUCUGCAACUUUACCAUCCAACAUUAUGCUUGCCUACCUCAGCGUACCCAACUAAAACCAGAGCAACUCUCUGAGAUCCUGCAAUGCAAACUGUCAGGCAACAUGACCUAUCCCAAAAAAUUGUGGAAGUUGUUCUUCACCAAAUAUUCUGCAAUUCUUGAUGAGGCUCUUCAAAGGUUUUCAAACAUGUCUUACCAGCCCAGCGGCCCAUCCAUCUCUCUGGUGCUCGAUGUAUUUGGGGAACUAGUAGUUGACCAGUUUAGUCAGCAUGACCUGAGAAGCCCAAACCACACCCGCAAGUGGUUCCUGACGAAUCUUCGACCCUUCCUCCCGCAAGCCUCCAGAGAGUUCCUGUCCUGUCUUAGCACCAAGAACUUCACUUGUGGGACCUACCAGAUUUUAGUGGAAGCUCUAGGUCGUCAACCAGCUAACCCUAACCCAGCUAACUCAGCUAUGGACAGACAAAGACAGCUUUUGAUCUACACUGAUUUCAUUGAGCCCUUCUUGAAGYACAAUGACACUGAAGACUCCAGCUGUGUCAAAAACUCAAACAAUAGCACUGACUGGCUUAAAAGGUACUUUGGGCCGUUUGUUGGUUUUGCGCCCCUAGAAGAACUCAAACGACUGCAUGGAAACUUCUCAGUGGUGGAUGUCCUGCCUAUGCUGAGCCCCAGGCAGCUGGGGGAGGUGGCCUCCACMCCUGGUCAGCUCAGAAACCCUGGAGAUGUCCGCAUGAUACUGAUUCAUGUGCUUCCCAGAGAUCUGGGCGAGUUCUUUGACAUUGUUUCUCCAGCUGUUAAGGGUCUUCACCUUCCAGUGGAUGUGCGUCAGGUGCUUCUCCAGCAGGUGUUUGACAAUGCCAACCUAUCAGAUCCCUCCAUCAAAGACCCUGAGGUGCUGGUGUGGUUGGGCCAGAGACUCCGCCCACUUUUACCCAACCUGACAGAGGAGCAUGUGGCCCCCCUCUUCAACAUCGUCAGACACAGAGACUGCAACACCAGCCAAGAAACAGUGGCGUUGCUGAACUCUAUCCUACCAUCGCUGUCCAACGGCACACAGGCUGCUGUCCAGCAUCAAAUAAUCAUGUCUCUCAGAGAAUCAACUCCACUACGUUGCUAUAGGAACAACAGCUUCUUCAUGUUCCUGAGACAAUCCUUCCUCAACUUUACAUUCCCAAAGUUGACCAACUUCCUCUCCCUUAUUCCACCACAGCGGGAAUCGGAGCUGCUCAACACCAUGCAUCCCUCARAGCUCGGCACCUUCCUCAGGAAGCCAGAGGUGGUGGACAACAAGACUAAGCUCUGCACAAUCUUUCGAAACUACAAAAAAACUCCUGAGUUCUUGGAAACCGAGAAUCUUCCGGAUGAUGUGAAGCGUCUAGUCCUGCCCUGUGUCUGGCCUUUGGCUCUGGCCACUGAUGGCAAGGCUGAGGUUGACCGCUGGUUUGACAACAGACUGAGUAACUACCUGAAGUUCCUCAACAGAGACCUGCUCCAGUCCUCUGACACACUCAACGCCUCCUGCUUACCCUUCAGGAGACUUGUGUCUCUACUGGGAUUCAAUCUCACUUUCAAUGGCUCAGCCAUAACUCAAGAUGAUGCGUACAACACCAUAAAGACCUACCUCAACACAGGAAGUUCAGCAGCACCAAAGUGUUAUAGUCCCACUGACCCAAAUCUCAACUCCACCGCCUGGUUCCUUAACUACAUUGGUGUGUUCAUCACCUUUGUGACCAUUGAAGACUUCGACACGUUUGGCUCAGAGUCAACGCUACAACUAUUUGCCGUGAACCCUGUCAACAUUAAGUUGUUCAAUUUCGCUGGAGCUCCUCAAAAUCUGACUAAACGCUUUACUGAGCUUAUCUUCCUGCAGAACUCCAACUUCCUCCCACUGCAGCUUCCACCACGCUUACAAUGUUUUGUCCCAGCCUCAGCUUACUCUAAGCUCAAUGAGUCAGAGAGUGUGGUUGUUCUGGGCAACCUGAACCAAUCCUGUACUAACGUGGACUCAGAGAUUUCUUCCGCACUGGCAUCGAAUAUCCAAAGUGUCAGUCCGGGAUCAAUCACGGCCUUGGGCCCGCAGGUCACAAGUCUGACCACUGGACAGAUCACUAAAGCCCCGCCCAGUGUGAUUUUACAAUCCCUGGGUACUCUGAGCAGUGUUUCUGGAUGGAACUUGGGACAGUCCUUGUCCAUCAUACAGAUUCUCAUCACCCAAAACUUCCAGAUAAGCAAUAGCGACAGUCUAAUAAAACUGGGCUCUUUAGUGGGAGGUCUUCCUACCCAAACACUCAUCGCAAUACCCGCGCAGCAGGUUCUAACAACAUCYUCCAACCCACAAUUUGUUACCAACAUGCUGACUGCUCCAACAAUUGUGCAACAGAUUUAUGUUAAUAAGAUCAUCACAGUCGACAUGAAACCAACGGAACUGUUAGUCAAUGUCCCUGAUGAAAUGGCAACCGAAAUUCCCAGGAAUCUACUGAAUUUCCCAACAACUGGAAAUCAAACACUCACUGCUCUGAACAUCAACAAGAAAAAAUGGAAACCUCAGCAGGCUGUGCUGUUCUUUGAUACAGUAGCAAAUGGAUUGAACACGGUCGGUGUCUCGCGUGGCUUCCAUGGAGCAGAUUAACAAGUGGAACAUCACUACAGUGGACACACUAGCAGCACUGAUGGACAAUGGCAAUGGAGAAUGGGACUCCGCCAAAGCCAAAGUUAUUUUCACCAAGUUCUUAAGUGCUGGCAAUUCGCUGGGUGCCUCUGAACUGAAUUCAAUUGGAGGGCCUAACCUGUGCGCACUGGACCUCAGUGUGUUGCAAGGCAUCAGAAAUGACAGUCUCCGAGAUGCAGAUGCUCUGGAAAUCACUAACUGUUCCUCAGCACAUAAGAAGGCCUUCUUUGCAGUAGCUGAGAUCGCCUUUCCUAUCAACUUCUUCAAAACCCGCGCCACUGCAGAUCAGCUAACAUCCUACCAGCUCAUUCAGACAUACCUGGGAGGUGCCAAUAUCACCUACAUACGGAGUCUGUCUAGGGUCAAUAUUAGCAUGGACAUCAACACUUUUAUUGGUUUGGAUUCAGCUGUCGUCCAGGCUCUUAGUGUGAGUGAAGUGUCUGGACUCCUCGGCUCCAACCUAAAUGACCUGAAAACCUUUGAGAAUAACACUGUAGUGCACAACUGGGUCUCAAAGCAGUUCCAGUCUGAGCUUGACAAGCUGGGUAUCGGUCUGAUCGGAGGAAGGGUGGAUUCAAACACCACCCCCAUGAUAACAAAUACUGCCAUCCCCAUCACCAAUACAACUUCCGGCCAGAGCAGAGGCACAUAUCCAGCUCCUCUGCUUUUCCUGUUUGGUCUCUUGUUCAUUGCAGUGCAAAUGUAGAUUCUAACAUUGCAAUAGAACAUUAUAAUUUAGACCAGGUUACAUAAUUAUCAUAUCACGUCAUAAUACUACAUCUCUUUUUGUAAUCUAUUUUUAAAGAAGACAUUAACGCUGACAUUAUAUUUGACAGCCAAAUGAGUGCAGUAUGCAAUAAAUAUGCCAUAUAAUAUAUAGUGUUUUAUCAACUCCAUUGCUACAAUUGUAUUUUCUAUUGGUUAAUCAUUAAUAUUAAUAUAUCUACUGUAGGUUUUUUAUCAACUACUUAAUUUUUAUAUAUAUAUAUGUUUUUUUCAUUUUGUAUGUUGGGAAUGGGAAAGAAAUACACAUUAAUAUGAGGGUG